UUGUAAAGCUGCUGUCAAUAAAGCUUCAGUGGAUUGAAGCUGUUAAUCCGGCAGCAUAGAUUAGCGUGUUCAGUCUGUUAGCAGUUAGCAGAUUAGCUGCGUGCUGUUAAUCUGUGAGCUGCAGGCAACAUGUCGGUGAGGAGGAACACGAUGCUGCUCUCAGCGCUGCUGUGUGCGUCGCUGGUUUCUGUCUCAGCCUUUGUGGAGGAGCUGGACGACUCCUUCAUGGACACGAAAGGAGAUGACGAGAUCUGGCUCAUUAAAUUUUACGCCCCCUGGUGCACCUUCUGUAAACAGCUGGAUCCGGUCUGGCAUCAGAUCGGAUCUGAACUCAAGAGUCUCGGCUCUCCGGUCAACGUCGGAAAAUCAGACGCCACCGCCAACACGGGUUUGGCCAAAGAGUUCAGAGUCAGAGGUUACCCCGCCAUCCUCAUGCUGAAGAAAGAUGUGAAAUAUGAUUAUUCAGGACCCAGAACCAAAGAUGGAAUCAUGGACUUUGCUAAUCGUAUCGCUGGGCCGCUGGUUCGAGCUCUGACGAGUCUGCAGCUCUUCCAACACGCCAUGAGUCGACAUGAUGUCAUGUUUGUUUACAUCGGAGCGACAUCACCACUGAAGGGAAACUACUCGACUGCAGCUGAGCGGCUGAUCGUCCACACGUACUUCUUCUCUGCUUCCAGAGACGUGCUGCCGAAGGCCGUCUCCAUCUCCUCUCUGCCGGCGGUGGUCGUCUUUAAAGACGGGACCUACUUCACCUACAGCGAGGAACGCGACGGCGAGCUGAAGUCGUGGAUCAACAGAGAACGUUUCCCAAACUAUAACAAGAUCGACAGCUACACGCUGUACGCCAUGGGAGAGUCAGGUAAACUGGUGCUGCUGGCGCUGGUGGAGGAGAAGCGUCUGUGUGAGAAAAGUUUAAGGUAUAAACGUCUGGUGGAGAAAGUGGCUGCAGACUACAGAGAGAUUUACAGCAGGAACUUCUACUUUGGUUUCAUGGAGGGGGGCUCCUACAUCGACGGGCUGCUGAUGAGUGAGGUCGUUGUGCCGUCCUUUAUCGUGGUCGAUCUAUCCAGUGACAGCUACUUCCUGCCAGCUGGCGACAUAGAGACGGAGCGCCACCUGCUGGACUUCCUGGACAAGGUGUUGGACGGCAGCGUGCAGUCUCAGGGAGGAAACGGAGUCACUCAGCGGGUCAAACGCUUCGUUUACGACGCCAAAGUCAUGCUGACGCCGUUGUUCAGCCAGGCUCCUCUGCUCGGCUGUUUCCUGGUCUGCCUCCCGCUCGUCCUCGUCAUGGUUACCUGCUACCUGUGCAGUAAAGCGCGGUCCGCCGACACCGACGAGGACGGCGUCGCGCUGUUAGCUCCGUCGGCACAAAGCAGCCGAAAACUGACCGACAAGAAGUCAGACUGAAGAGGGACGAGAGGAUCAACACACCUGUGGUUUACCUGCUGUGACCUCACCUGUCUGUCUCCCUUCACAAUAAAAGCCUGUUUGUUGUUCUC